AUGGAGAAGCAAGUGGUGGUUGAAGAGCCUCUGGAGCCAGACACCUGCUGCCUGCCCUGUUGCUGCCUGCCCUGUGCCAGCUGCUGCACCAAGUGCUGCCUGCCCAGCUGCUGCAAGUGCCCCAAGUGCCCAGGCUGCCACGGCUGCCCUGGCUGCUCCUGCCUGAAGAGAGCUCUGUGCUUCGUCCCUCGCCUGCUCUGCUACCUGCCCCGCAAGCUGCUCAGCUGCCGCCACCUCAGCUGCCUGCUGAUCACGGUGGUGGUGGUGGUCCUGCUGGUGGUCAUCAUCGUGGGUGCCCUGCUGAUGUGGCUGCACGUGGGCCAGGAGCACUCUGAUGCUGUGCUGAGGAUGGGGAUGGAGAUGUGGAGAGGGCCAGGCUGGGAAGAGGAUGUGGCCACUUUCUACCUGGAUGGUGAGGAUGGGAACCCAGCCACGGUCAUCUACGACUACAAGAACCUGCUGGCAAGCUACAGAUCCCAGCUCCACCCCUCCUGCUACAUCACCCCUCUGGACAAGGACAACAUCCCAGGGCUGGACACCAUCGCUGAGACCUUCCAGCGCCGGCAGGCUGAGAAGACACUGACCAUGCCCUUGGCCGAUCGCUCCCUCCUGGGCACCACAACCAGCAUCCUCUGUGCCACCCUCCCCAUCUACUGGGCUUAG